AUAAAUUUUACCCUGCUACGGCACUGAUAAGUAUAGUUGAGCUUGACCUCUGUAACCAAUGAAAUAAACCAUGUUAUUAAUUACCGUCUCUACUUAAAUAGCCAUCGUAAACUUUAUCAAUUUAAAACGCUUUGUCCGAUUUAUGCUUCUGUUAAAAUGACGAUCAUGUUCGCCUAGGUUUAGACGCAUGUUGUUCACCCGCAGCCGUGAUUGGAAACAAAAUCUAAUGCUCUGAAAGUACUUUACUUUAGCAAUUCCUGGAAUUUCAUUUUACAAUCAACGUUAUUUGCCUAUUAGUUUCUACUUACUUUGAGCUUGAAGCAUGUGUUUUGAUAUCAAAGGCAACGACUUUUAUGAAGUAACCAAUCAUGGCUGAGCACGUGGACUCAGCCUAUGUUUGGCCUAUUUCUCGCGCUCAAUGACUGUUACCAUCAGGGCGUAUAUAUGGGCCGCCCUGCGGUCUUACAUGUAUAUCAAGAAUGUACUUUUUUUGUUGUUUUUAAAUAGGUGUAAUUACGCUUAAACAUUUUUGUCUUAUAUAUCUCGCUGAAUUUACAAAAACGAACUGUACGUUUAUGUCAGCCAGUAACUCAGAAACUUGUAAAGAGAACGUAGCAUGACAGGGGUCGAAAUGUUCCCAGAGUGUUAACCUGUGUCUAGCGACAGGCAGAUUAUUUUUUCACCUGUCUCCACCCACAUCAAACUUAUUUUAAUAAUGCAGAGUGGCUAGUUUUACUGAUGAGCAUCCCUUGCUUCAUGUGAGCGGACAUUCUCUAUGCGCAAUGACUCACAGCCUGAGAUAAAUUUGUUUCUGCUUUUUUUCAAACUCUUUGCAGUGGGAACAGAACAUCUUUCCAUCCUCUGCUGAGCACAGGCGCCCAUCUUUCCAUUUCUCAUUAAACUUGAAUACUUGAACAGUAUUACGUUUCGCCGUCUGUGUUUCGAAAUUCUAUUCUGCUUACACUUCUUCAACUUCCGCUUCUUUAGUACCUUGUUCACGCGUUAGAAAACGAUCCAUAUUAAUUACGAACUGAAAAACUGAACUCAUUCCCAUUUACUGUCUUUGUCAUGCGCACUGCAAAGAUUUUACAUUUUGCUUUUAUUGACUACCGUGCGAGAAUUGCACUAGUGAGCACGACUGAAGGUGGAAAACAGAUGAAAAUAUUAUUCAAAUCGAUAAAUUCUGAAUUACUAAGGAUUAUCCUGCCUGUCGCCAGCGACAGGCAUCAAUAUCUUUUACCUGCCACUUCCUAAAAUUACCAGAAAUCGACAGGUAGACAGGCAACGUUUCGACCCCUGGCUUAAAUUGCAGAAAGUUUACUUAAUUGAAAGUUUUAAUGUGAGUAAUUGGUUUGUUGGGUAGAGCUAGUUUCCAAAAAUAAAGUGUUCAUUUUCGAAGAGAUUUAUGCUUUGUGAGCUUUUCUUCGACUAAAGAGGACAAAUUAAUCUGUCCCGCAACACCUAAAACAGUUCAUUCUGUAGAGACUUGAAUAAUCAUUUAAAGCCUGAAAAAUACUUAAAGCUUGAACUUGAUUCGAACCCGUGACCUCUGCGAUACUAGUGCAGUGCUCUACCAACUGCUAACUGGGAGCUGGUAGGGUUGGUAGUUCGUAAUAUACCCGUAGAUAGUAAAGAAUGCAAGUAAAUAUAUGUAGAAUAAAAAAUAAAAUAGAAAUCAAUGAGGCCGCAGUUCGAUGAGUGGGCCUCACGGCGUGAUCAAAUGUAGAAAUGGGAGUUAUAGGGGUGGGGGGCGGAGGUGGUGCCGAGAACAAGAAUGUAUCAAUAGAGAGGGAACCCCUUACGAAGCUCAGUCUAGCCACGUUAAUAGAGGGUGAGAAUCCUGCUGAAGCGAAUUUGGGAAGCUGAGGUUUCCUCCAGAGCUAGCGAAAGCUUUAAACUUACUAUUAUUCUUCGGUCAAUUUCAAUUCACCUACUCUCGUUCGCGACCUACUAAACGGUAACUUCUCCUUUAGAAAGACAUGAAUUUACACGCAUAACUUUCAUAAAAUUAAACGGCAUCGACUGGAGAAGUCAGAAACGAUGGGAUCACUAUGGACCGCAGCUUAAAGCUAAAAAUAUAAAGUAAAUAAAUUAAGAUAUCCUUAUUAGUAAAAAGAAAAUAUAUUUCUGCAGACUGUUAUUGUAAUUACUCUGAAGACUUUCUGACUGUGAAAAUUAAGGUUCUUGGUGGGAGGAUAAACAAACAAAUCGACCUAAAAAUAUGCUUAUGGAUUCAUUUGGAGAUUUCAUGUUUUUGUAUUUUGACGAUGCGAUCCGUAUCCGAUCUGGUGAUCCGAUCCACGAUUUAAUUUCGUCUUUGGUCGCGAGAACACACGCGAUUUCCGAGAAACCAGACACGAGUUCCCGGUAUUCGACUUCCGCUUUGGCGCCGACUAAUGUCAAUUUGUGUAGCAGCAUCAGCGGUGACAGGCUGUCAGAUUUUUCAGGAAUAUGAUGGGCACACGACAAGCAGAGGCGACUUUGCAUCAUAGAUGUCCGAUAUGUCUUGAUACCAUGGUAAACCCUCGAACUAUAAAGUGUGGACAUGUUUUCUGCGAAGAUUGCUUGAAGAGAGCGCUGGGUAUACUCAACAUCUGCCCCAUUUGUAAAGAGCCACAGGGCAUUGUUACGGGAAAUCAACCUCCUGGACAGAUGACUUGGUCCUCCAUGCCAUCUAGUCUACCAGGUCACUAUGGGUGUGGUACCAUCUGCAUUCAGUAUUCCUUUCCAUCUGGAAUUCAAGGUCCAGAACAUCCGAAUCCCGGUCAGCAUUACAGUGGCACACACCGUACUGCUUAUCUCCCUGAUAACAACGAGGGCAGAGAAGUCCUGCAGCUAUUACACAGAGCUUUUAAUGCACGCCUGGUGUUUACUGUUGGGACCUCGAUAACAACAGGACUUUCGAAUCAAAUAACGUGGAAUGAUAUACAUCAUAAGACCAACAUGCACGGAGGAGCCCAUGGCUUUGGUUACCCCGACCCGCAUUAUCUUCGACGAGUCAAAGAAGAUCUCGCUGCAAAGGGAAUCCGUUGAUUCUGGUUCCUACGGGCCACAGACAAGGAGACGAAAAACGUUUCGUCGCAGAUAUAGUUUUUUAGGCCUAUUGGUUCACUAAGAGGGUAACCACCACGUUAUUGAAAAUACUUUGCGUCUAGAAGAGGAUUAUUUCAUCACCGUUGUUUUUACGACUGUUAUUUAAUGGCCUGUAUACGCGGUAAAAUGAGUUAUAUUUUGUUAUAGGUAUUACUGUAAAAUAUUAAAACAGCAGCAUUUUUCAUGUUUC